CGGUGUCCGGCUUCACUUUUCUCUAUCUCUCUCUCAGCUCAGGGGUGGUGGCCGCUGUUGUUGCCUCGCAGCUUCCACGAUCAGCCCACGACAGCAUGGGAAUGUCGAGCGCCCACGUCUGACUCAACUUGUGCUAAAGUGCCGGAGAAGUCGCCUUGGAUUCCCCCCCCCCCCUCCAGCCCUCCAGCUCAACACACGCCCGAGAAGGAGACGUUGUUUCGGGGCGUGAAAACCCAGCGAGCUACCCCCCCUACCCCGGACAAAGGAAACGAGACGUGCGCUAGCUAACGUUAGCUAGCUCCCGGGGCUAACCUAGCAUUCCUGUAGCUGCGGCGCGAUGCAGGCCAUAAAGUGUGUCGUGGUCGGAGACGGAGCUGUGGGUAAGACCUGCCUGCUCAUCAGCUACACCACCAAUGCCUUUCCUGGAGAGUACAUCCCCACAGUGUUUGACAACUACUCUGCCAAUGUUAUGGUCGAUGGAAAACCAGUGAACCUGGGCCUUUGGGAUACAGCGGGACAGGAAGAUUACGACAGACUCCGCCCACUUUCCUACCCUCAGACGGAUGUGUUCCUCAUCUGCUUCUCGCUUGUGAGCCCAGCCUCUUUUGAAAACGUCCGUGCCAAGUGGUACCCUGAGGUGAGACAUCAUUGCCCCAACACUCCCAUCAUCUUGGUGGGCACCAAACUGGAUCUUAGAGAUGAUAAGGACACCAUAGAGAAGCUGAAGGAGAAGAAACUCACUCCCAUCACCUACCCCCAGGGACUGGCUAUGGCCAAAGAGAUUGGUUCCGUCAAGUACCUGGAGUGCUCAGCUCUGACCCAGCGUGGCCUUAAAACUGUGUUUGACGAGGCCAUCCGGGCCGUCCUCUGCCCUCCACCUGUCAAGAAGAAGAGGAAGGUGUGCGCUCUCCUCUAGGACUUCCUCCAUUUGAACCGGUUACAGGGGAACAUGACAGCUAGUGGUGAGGGUGGCUAAUGACACAGGAGAAACACACCAGUAUACACACGAAACAAUGUGCUUCAGUUUCUUUUCUUCCAUCAGCGUAGCUACAGCUGUUCUACCAGCCGUUUCCAUGAUGAAUUUGACAUAGGGUCAGAUUUAGGAUAUGGGGUUGAAUGAUUUUAGACCCUAGUUCUUUUUUUAACAGCGUGUACUGUAUAGAUGAGUCUAUGAAAUUAUUAAAAUCUUGAGGCCUUCUGAAAUGAAUUGGAUGUUUUGUUAAAGAAAAAAAAAAAAGACAGUGGAAUGUUUUCAAUUUGUUCUUCCACUGGUUGUCCACCUUCUUUUUUUGUUUACAGUCUUGGUUGUUUGUUUUGAGUGGAAGAAACAUUGCCAAAUACAUUCUGCACACUUACUGUAAUUCAGCCAAAAGAAAACUGUUGUUCUUGUGUCUCAAACCUCCGAAAUACAGCUGAAAACUUUUGUGCUGCUGUUUGUUUCAGCUUCAUGACCGGUUUCUAUUGGGCUCACUUCAGUUUCGCUUUUCUAGAGCAAUCCUGUGUCAUCACACGGUGAAAAAAGAACUUAAAGUAACCAGCUGUAAAGUCCUUUUUGUAUCAAAUUUACCAUUCAUAUACCAUAAUCUCCUCAGCGGAAGUUUGUUUUCAGCCCUAGCACAUGAAGUAUGAUGCCUCAUUUUCAUAGGUGUAAUGAUGACAGAGAAAAAACUACAAAUUCACUCUGUGAAAACGUCUGCUGGCUCUUACAGUGCUAUUCAUCCCUGAAAAAGACCUUAAGGAUCCAGUAUUUUAUGUGUUUGGCUUUAUGGUAUUUUUCUUUCCUCUGCGAUAUUACCCGAGAAAUAUCGUAACUGUUUAGCUGCCCAGGAGUGCAAAGCUGACAAGUUAACUAGAUAUUGGAUUAGAACUGUGUAGGUGUUUUGGUGGUGGGGAUCAAGAGCACCUUUCAUGCUCUGUGGGCAUUUAUCAGAAACCUUUUCUGCAGCACAUACGAUUUUUAAUAGCAUCACUACUGGCCAAGCAAUGUCACUAAGAAGCAGUAACAAAGCUACUGUCGGUUAUGGUGUAGUAUACAGUGUACUCAUUUUUGUUAUAAUCCUGUGAUUGACUAUUUUGUAUCACACUUCACUCACUGUAUUGUUAAACUAACACUAUGAAUAUCCUUUGUUUAUUACCUCUACAGUUAACGCUACCUUAAUCUCCCUGCAAGCCUAGCUUUUUGUAAUUAAUGCUGAUAGCAUGUAUGUGCAACAUAUACUGAAAACUAAGAUUAGAAUUGCUACAGUUAUAUUUUUUGCCUAUUUACAAAUUGUAUUUGAACUACUAGAUCAGGGGUUAAGUACAUGUUGCUCAUCUGUAUUGUAUUCAGACAUCAAGCUGUGCUUUAAUUCAAGCCAAUGUUGUGACUUGUUAGUUUUAUGGAUAAAAGCUAUUGUCACUUUUUGAAAAAGCCAAUAAAUUCUUGAAAAAAACA